CAUGCAUCAGCUAAAUUUUGGAUGACGAAAGGUUAACAAGACACAACAGGACGAAACGAAGCGGAGGACUAAAACAGUAAUUGUUUUUUUGUUUUUUUUACCUAUACACAUUUAAACAACAUAUAAAAUGCCUCGUUCAAGAUCAGGAGGAAGAUCUUCUUUUUCUCGUCCCAUGUCUUCUCAAUCAGCAAGACCAAGAAGUCCACCACCACGACCUCCUACUAGAAAUGUUCCAGCUGCUGCACCAGCCAGUUCAGUAGCUUCACCAACAUCGCAGCCCAGGCAACCUGGACUUUUUGCUAACAUGGCCUCCACAGCUGCUGGCGUUGCUGUUGGAUCAACUGUGGGUCACACUCUUGGCCAUGCUAUCACUGGGGGCUUAAGUAGUGGUGGUGGUGGUGGCGAGGCUGACCAUGCUCAACAACAACAACAAUUUGAACGCAAUCCACAAAAUCCAUGUGAGUAUGAAAUGAAACAGUUUUUGGAAUGCGCCCAAGGACAAACAGAUAUCACAUUAUGUCAAGGUUUUAACGAAGCUUUGAAACAAUGUAAACUCUAUUACAAUACUACUGGAGGUGCUGUGUUGCAAUAACGAAGAAUUUUGAAAAAUAUUUUGUUGCAGCGUUGUAUUUAUAGAUUUUAUAUGCCAUGAAUUAUAUUCAGUAUAUUUCGUUUAA